CCCUGCAAUGUCGAGUGCCGGCCGAAGCGAGUGCAACUUUCUGCUUGGCCAACCUCUUUUCCGGCGAGCAAACCCGGAAGUCCAUCUUCGCAAGUGGACAAUUUUGCAUUUGUCACAUAUGAGCACAGACGCACCGCUUUGGGGCUUGAAGCGUGAGCGGCCUUGGCUGCACGCAUGUCUGCAUGUGUUCAUCUGAGUGCUUGUGUGCGGCGGGUCCUUUGUGGUGAUGUACUGCCGCUAUCAGGACCGGCAGGAGUUGGAGGAUGAUCUCUACCGGGGAGACGAGGGGGAAUCCGAGGGCUCGGAUGCCACCAGUGAGCUGGAGUUUCACCUCUACAGUCAGCUCCACUACUCUUCCAACAAGGGGGAUUUGGAGGAGCAAAAUGGAGAGGCUCCGUCUCGUCGGGAGAUCCACGUGACUGAAGAGCCCGCAGAGACGUCCGUUAAUGUCGAAUCUGAAGAGUCUGCCAAAAACCGAACACGAUCGUCGAAUGCUGUCAAGCUGCAGCAGCAAUGGAACAACAAGAGUGAGAAGAAAAAAAGUCACCCCCAAGUCCAAAGACCAUCGUUGGGAUUUGGGGAGGUCAUCGUCAUUGACUCCAGCCCUGAAGUUAUAACCGUCUCUGACGGCUCUUCCUCCUCCUCUUCUGAUGAUGAUGAUGGCAGAGAAGGGGUUUGUGCCUCGAAGGGAGGCAUUGUACGCCGAGUGUUGACGUCCAACCCGCCCCAAAAGGCACCCCAUAACAAGGUGAAUGAUAUUACUCCUGUGACUUUGGAUUCAAGCAGCUCAGAGUCAGAAUCUGAUUGGGAAUCAUCCCUUUCGUCCGACUCGGAUGUUCUGGAGAACUGGAUGAUCCUGGGUCAAGACAAGCAAGAUGGAGACCAUUCCAUUUCACUCAACCUGGAAGGCGGUACCGACAGCAAUGCAGAUUUUGAAGAAGAUAAAGAUGUCAGCUGGGUGGUUUCCGAUAAGGACAGGGAGGCCCAAAUCCUCAACAAAGAUAAGCGAGCCAGGUCAGCCAUAUCGCGUGUUGCCAACAGAUAUUACACCGAUAAGAAUGUCCAUUGCCGGAACUGCGAUAAAACUGGACAUCUAUCCAAAAACUGCCCCGAUCCCAAAAAGUUGCCCGUUUGCUUCCUUUGUGGCGAUCCCGGCCACAUGUCCAGCAAGUGUCCCUUUAAGCACUGCAACAACUGCGGCCUUCCAGGUCACCUUUACGAUUCCUGCAGCGAGAGGGCUUACUAUCACAAACGGUGCCAUCGCUGCGGCAUGACAGGCCACUUCUUUGACGCCUGUCCAGAGAUCUGGAGACAGUACCACAUCUCGACCAAGACGGGCCCUCCUUUGAAGCAGAAAGGGGAGGACAAUGGUCGAAGCCCCGCCUACUGCUACAACUGUUCCAAAAAAGGACACUUCGGCCAUGGCUGCACCCAGCAGCGGAUGUUCAGGGGGACGUAUGCUACCACACCCUUCAUCAACUAUUACGACACCACGGAAGACAUCAAACGUAGACAACACAGGCUGAAGUUCAAGGUUAAAGAACUGAAGGAAAAUGGCCUUAUGCCCGACAAUUCUCAGACUCCGCUUACUCCAGGACCACCGAAGAAGAAACACAAAGUCAGUUGUACGAACAACGGCCACCUCUUUAACCAUAAAUUCGAUAGGACUUGUAGCAACCACAAAGCCAGCGCCAGCCAUAUAUUUUUUCGUGACAGAGAUGACCCAGAGGCUGCAGUUUUUCCAAAAAGUAAGUCGAACAAGCACAGACAACAAGAGAGUGCCGGCAAACGGUGGAAGCCCAAACGAGCGGUGCCCAGAGAACGCGCCGCUCCGGCCAAACUCAUCAUGGACGAGGGCGGGGACUUUCCCAGGGGGCGGGGCAGAGGAGAAAAAGCAGAGCAGAACAACAACAAUAACAAAAAGAGUCAAAGAAAGAAGAAUAAAGAAGUUUCAUCAGCGGGGCUCAAAGAUGGUCUUUUCAGGACAGCACCUGGGAAGUCAAAGAAAGACAAACGUGAAAAGAAAAGGAAUCAUCUGCAUACAAAAAUGGCCGCACAGAUGUAUCAAACAGAUGAGAAUCUGUUUAACAUCAAGCAAAGGAAACGCAAGCGAUAGCACUGUGUGUGUGCGUGUGCGUGCGUGCGUGUGCGCGCUGCUAUGGAUUUGGCAUUGAUUAAAGAUCAACCUUUCUUUUCAUCCAUAUCGUCUUUCGAUCAAAUUUUGUCUCAAUCAAAUUAAUUGUUGCUAAUUGGCAUUGGUUGUUUUCUUGCAUCAGUGUACAAUUUACAAUUUUUUCCCCCCCUCAAUGCUUCUUGAAGUGUUAAAAUGUGACGUCUUUUUAUGCCACUGAUUGGAACACAUUUUAAAUUAGUAACUGCUGCUUGGAAUUGGAUCCAAACACUUUUUAUUACUGUAGAAUUGCAAAUUUGAAUUGCCGUAAACACCUCUGUUGCUCAAUCUUACAAUCUAAAGUUUAUCCUGACGAAAUGUUGGUGUUAAUGGUUGCAACAUAACAAAGCCUUAAUAGCGUGACCGGAGAGACGACGGGGUGGUUUCCCUCACCAAAAACUUGUUAGAAGCACUGAAAAGUCAGCUUUACCUUCCUGGAUAACCUUUACAUUUAGUAUUGACCACACAAUUCAUAUUGUAUUCUUUAUUGUGUAUGAUGUAGAUGUCACAAUAAAAGAUGACAGAAUAUCA